AUGGCGUCCACUGAAAUCACUGCCAAAGCAGCCGCCCAAAAAGUCGAAGAGCUUGCUGAGCGAGACGCUGAUACCACGGACUCAGAUAUCCGUUAUCUCGCAUACGGUGCCCGCCUCAGAACCGCGCUACGCGCUGGAACGCGGUAUAUCGCUUAUACCAGUGACAUCGGAGAAGCAUUUCGUCCCGUGGUUCCCCCUUGGGUCGUCACAGCUGCAUACGGCGUCUCCUGGUUAUACCUCUCAGGCGAUGUUGCAUAUGACGCAUACAAAACUUAUCAUCGAGGUCCUUCUCCCAUAGAGGCUGCUAAUUUCUCCGAGACGACUAGAGUUGGUAUUGCCGCUGUUCAGCGAGCUACUUUCCAAUCCAUUGCCUCCAUGGCUCUUCCCGCUUUCACCAUUCACACAGCAGUUGCCCAGUCGCGAAAGGCUUUCCGUCAUGCCACGAACCCAAAAGUGAAGACCUGGGGCCCUACCGUGACCGGCCUGGCCAUUGUGCCCAUUUUACCCUACCUUUUCGAUCACCCUGUGGAAUAUGCAACGGAACAUGCAUUCGACUGGAUACGAGAGAAGCUUAUUGAACGGAACCAAGCUCAGAAUAAGGAAUCGAACGACAGAAAGGAACUAUAG